CGUGUGGAGCUAAGCAGGUGAGUGUGUCUGAUGCUCAAGCUUAGGUGCUGAGUUUGACCCCCAGCAACCAAGUAAAAAGCCAGGAGUGUCUGCACACAUGUCUCCCAGCACUAUAGAGAAGAGACAAAAGGGAUGGUUGGGGCUUGCUGGUGGGGCCCUGUAUCAAGGGACUGAGGAGGCAAGGCACUGUCAUUCCAAAUCUACGUCACACCCCUGAACCUCAGCACUCCCUCGUAAUGAAGAGAUAUUCUAACAAGACAUACUUCAUAAAGGCUUUGCUCAGCUGGGAAUUGUGACACACACCUGUAAUGCCAGCAUAUGGAAGGCUUGAAGCAAGGGGGCAGGGCGCAGGGGGCGGGGCAUGAGCUUGAAGCUAGCCUGGGCUACGUGAUGAGAUGCUGACUCGGGAAAACAAGUCAGCAUCCUCCACAACAAAAACACAACACUAGGAAAGCAGUUGGGGUGACUGGAAGGACUUGCCAGCCCCUGCCACGAGUCAUGGGCUAAGCUGCACGGAUAGAAGGUUCAGGUUCCGGUGAACGUGAAGUGAUGGAGCCGCUUAGAUUCAGGAGAGUUGUGUGGAAAACCGAGGCAGCUGAGCAAGAGCGGGAAGAGAGUGGGCUUGCACUAAGCUUAGGCUGUUCCGUUCAAGAAGAGGUUGUUUUCCACGGUUCUGCAACCCUACCUUGUCCCAGGCCAAUGGUUUGUUUCCCAUCCUCUGGACAUCAGGGACCUGUAUAAAAUAGCACGCGAUCAAGAUCACCGCCUCCCCUUUGGUUUCUUUCACCCAUGAGAGACACCUGUUCACCUUACCAGUUCAGUGAAUUCCUUUCCCCUGAGGCCUCUCUCCUCUCGGAGGUGGAGACUGAAAUGCUCUUUAUAGAUCAACAAGCUGAUUUCUCCAACCACGUCCUGUCCCUAGCCAGUGGAGCACAGCAGACUUGGUCUUUUGAGACCUCGCAUCGAAGAUGGCUCAGGCACCAACAGUUAUCGUGACUCAACCUGGAUUCGUUCGUGCUCCCCAAAAUUCCAACUGGCAGACCAGCCUGUGUGAUUGCUUCAGUGACUGCGGAGUCUGCCUCUGUGGGACCUUUUGUUUCACUUGUCUUGGAUGUCAAGUGGCAGCUGACAUGAAUGAGUGUUGUCUGUGUGGAACAACGGUGGCCAUGAGGACUCUCUACCGAACCCGAUACGGCAUUCCUGGAUCUAUUUGUGAUGACUACAUGGUCACACUCUUCUGUCCUGUUUGCUCUGUGUGCCAACUCAAGAGAGACAUUAACAGGAGGAGAGCCAUGAACGCUUUCUAAGGAGCUGGAUGGCAAGAGCUCUGGCUGAAGAAGCUCAACUCAGCACACACUCCUUCAGCCUGAGAUUUUUCAAAUCUUUGGCAACUGAGAUGGGAUGGAUCCAUUUAAUUAGAGAACGGUGAAAUCUUUCUAGUUGGGCUUUUUGAUUUAUUUUAAAUGGAUAUUGCUCUUUGACUUGGUUUCUUCUUGCUCCCAUAUCAUCAAAUAUUGGAGCCUAUAAUUUUUUUACCUUACAUUUUAGGUAGAAACCAAAUAAAAGAUUUUGCUAAGAAGACUGUUUUGUUUUGUGUGUGGUGCUAAGGAUUAACAUUAGGGCCUCGUACUCGCUGCCAACCCCCAACCCCCACAAGCCACGCCUUUAGCCCUCCAUGGUUUACGCAUCUUGGCCAUCAUUCAAAUGCUUGUGUCACCAAUUAAUCUUAAAGGUGCAGUCUCAACUUUCCUCCCAUGGUUCAGGGUCAGGAUGGUAGACUUUCAGCAACAGCAAUUCGGCACUUUGAUCCAUGAAGCCUGAGGUGGGAUGAUGUGGGGCUACAAGCUACCGAUAACGAAGUAUUCUGAGACAGUGGACGUUUUCAGCCCUUCCCUGUUGCUUAUCAACAUGUGCACUGACCCAGCAGACUAUGAAGUGCAAAUCCCAGGCCUGCAUGUGCACUGACCCAGCAGACUGUGCAGUGGGCAUCCCCUGCCUGCAUGUGCACUGAUCUAGCAGACUGUGCAGUGGGCAUCCCCUGCCUGCAUGUGCACAGACCCAGCAGACUGUGCAGUGGUCAUCCCCUGCCUGCAUGUGCACAGACCCAGCAGACUGUGCAGUGCAAAUGCCAGGCCUGCAUGUGCACUGAUCAAGCAGACUGUGCAGUGGGCAUCCCCUGCCUGCAUGUGCACAGACCCAGCAGACUGUGCAGUGGGCAUCCCCUGCCUGCAUGUGCACUGAUCCAGCAGACUGUGCAGUGGGCAUCCCCUGCCUGCAUGUGCACAGACCCAGCAGACUGUGCAGUGGUCAUCCCCUGCCUGCAUGUGCACAGACCCAGCAGACUGUGCAGUGCAAAUGCCAGGCCUGCAUGUGCACUGAUCAAGCAGACUGUGCAGUGGGCAUCCCCUGCCUGCAUGUGCACAGACCCAGCAGACUGUGCAGUGGGCAUCCCCUGCCUGCAUGUGCACAGACCCAGCAGACUGUGCAGUGGGCAUCCCCUGCCUGCAUGUGCACCGAUCCAGCAGACUGUGCAGUGGGCAUCCCCUGCCUGCAUGUGCACUGACCCAGCAGACUGUGCAGUGGGCAUCCCCUGCCUGCAUGUGCACAGACCCAGCAGACUGUGCAGGGGCAUCCCCUGCCUGCAUGUGCACAGACCCAGCAGACUGUGCAGUGGGCAUCCCCUGCCUGCAUGUGCACUGAUCCAGCAGACUGUGCAGUGGGCAUCCCCUGCCUGCAUGUGCACAGACCCAGCAGACUGUGCAGUGGGCAUCCCCUGCCUGCAUGUGCACAGACCCAGCAGACUGUGCAGUGGGCAUCCCCUGCCUGCAUGUGCACUGAUCCAGCAGACUGUGCAGUGGGCAUCCCCUGCCUGCAUGUGCACAGACCCAGCAGACUGUGCAGUGGGCAUCCCAGGCCCGGCUUCCAGAAUGCUUGCGAGGUUUGUGGUAUUUUUUUAUCCUCUUAAAUAUAAGGUAGUGAUGUAGAAGAAACUCAGAGUAUAAUAUUGAUGUUAUAAAAGGAUUUGCCAAUAGAUUUUCGUAGGAGACAUUAACUCACAGGAAGUAGAAUUUAGCUAAGGGUGCAACACCACCACAUACCUCAGAGAUAACCAGUAAGCUAACCAGGCCCACUAGAGAUAAGCAAAAUUUGUGAUGCAAGAACAUAAACAUUCAGUCAUCAGGACUUAUCAAACAUUAGCCCCAUCUCCAAAGAACCUGCUUCUAACAGGCAGCUCAAGGGGACAGCCAUCAGUAGGUUCUAGCUGCCAUUGAGUCCCCUGUGCUCCUAUCAGGAGACCAAUCCUGCCAGGUGGGCAAGCUGGAUCCGGGUAACAGCUAUUUGCAAAGAACAACCAACGCUGGCAUACUUCAGAGAGAAAUAAUUCUAGUAACCAACGCCUUUGCUAUGUAAAUCCCCCAUCCUUCCAGGCGACCAGAUUUGCAUUCUCCUGUUCCUACUUAAGCUGCUCAAAUCAUAACCUGUGUUAGGACACAAAAGAGAUUUAAGGAUGACCAUGUAUAUAAAUUUCAUAAACCUAAAGUACAUAAAAGGAAAAAGAUUUCACCGUUCUCUAUUAGGCCAGCUCUGUAUGUUAGCCAAAGUCAGCCUUGAGCGAGUAAGGGGCUCCCUCCUUACUUUCCUGAGAGGAGUGACUGCUCACUGGAAAGGCAUACAAUUCCUGCAACAGUAGUAAUAAAGCUCUCCUUGUCAAAGUCAA